GAUGUCUGUUUCUUUUUACUAGGCACUGCAAAAUGCUGACUCCAUUUGGGUUACUGGUAGGUUUUGCGUACAAAGCGUUCGCAGCAGAUGGGACGACUUUGUAUGUUGUGAAUGUUUGCGGACAUGACUCAGUAGGGCUACCGCUUGCAAGAAGCAUGAAUGCCGUUGAUGACAACUACAUCGAGCACAACGGGGUCGAUAACCUUAUUAUUCCCAUCUCUGUCAGCGAGCCUAAGCAGACCACAAAGGCAGAGUUUGCUUUCUGCAUCGAUGUCGUAGUGCAUACGGUUUUAAUAAAAAAAUGCGUUUCUGGGCAUCAUCUAUACCGUCAUUUGACGGAAAAGCUUUUAGCUCUGUCUCUGGAAUGGGUUCGAAGCGAAUGGGGAGUUCAGUUGCUCCGGGAAAGCUGCAUUCUUCUCGGAAAUCCGUAUUACUUUUCAGACGUCAAAGCUGAUGCGAAGUCUCUCAAAGAGGUGAUGAAGAUGGCUGCUGAGCUGUUGGACACCAAAGAGAGUCAAAGCCGGAAAGGUGUUGAGGAUGCAUCAACCCAUCUGCCAGACGCACUGAAUCUGAAAAACCAUGAACCAAAGGAGAGCAAAAAGCCGCUCAUACAAGAGGUAAUUUCUUCUCCAGGAAUCAAGAAGGGGUUUCUGAACGGUAGAAAUGCAAGGCUGUACGGCCCAGAAGGAAGUUCUGAGGGCACAGGAAAGAUGCCAGAUCCCCUUGCACACAUUCCCGAAUCGCUUCGCAACAAGUGCAAAAUUGUUGACACAAGAAAUAUGGAACAGUCGUUCGGAAAAGAAACCAAAUCCCAAGAGGUGCCUGCAACCACAUCAACUUCGCACUCGUACCAAGCGCAGAAGGAGCACAAUGCGAACUGUGACAAGCUCACAAACUCGAAAUGGAAAAAAGUCGCGUUUGAGCAAUCGAAUGAAAAGCUUGUGGUGCGCUUUGUUGUCCCAGAGGACAUUACUUCAUUGCACGAUGUUGAUCUCUCCGCUACAGAGAAAGUUUUGGAGAUCAACGGAGUUGCGACACAGCUCCCUGUGAGGAUUGUCACGGAUGGUGUAAGGGCAAAGUUCGUGAAGGCAAGUCAUGUUCUUGUCGUGACGUGUCCUAUUGAUGUAUAA